AUCGCGUUCAUCGGCUGGACGUGAUCGAUCGCAUGCCGAGUGAUGCAGAGUGUAGCUUUUCGAGUGACAGUCUAGACGAUCGUGCAAUUAGAGACGAAAGCUCUCAGAUAGACAGCUCGACAGUGAUCAGUGAAUUUUCGUCAACAAAGACUUUAAUGAACAUCGGUGACGAAGAUGCAGCUGCUUCAAAGGAAUACCUCUUGUCGAGAAGAUACUCGGAUUCCACGGGAAUCGAAGAGAAUGCCACUGAAAUAAGGUACUCUUGGCAAAUUGACACUUCUCAAAAGAAACAAAGUCCGGCGGAAUUUGACCUAGAGGCGCGAUUACAACACAAAGAACGUGUUGAACAACACAUUGAAGCUAAAUAUGUUUUAAACACGAUGCCACUAGAAAAUAAGAAGAACACGCUUGCCAAGUCCAUGGCCAGCAAAAUGGCGAAAUCCGGCUCCGCUAUCGAGAAAUCACACACUAUAUCAGUAAUUGAAUCAAAGAGUGCCGCUACGUCAAUUUCAAAGAACAUUGUAGCUUCAGAAAUGAGACAUGAAAAGCGCAAGCAGAGCGUAAAAAUGUCGAGCGUGCCAAAACAGUUGUCUUCAGUCGCGACAGAAAGUGCCAAGUAUGUUGCUCGAAGAAAAAUCGUUGGAAAACCACUGGCGAGCGUCGAAUUUUCGAGCCAUGAAGAAAAAAAACCCAACAAGGUCUGCGAGGACUGUUCAAUGUUUGGUGAAAUUUCCGCGGGCGUUUCAGCAAAGAGUAAAAAGAGGAAAAUCGUUCUCGAUUUCGGCGAGUUUCCGCCUCCGAGGCACGAAAGAAGGAUUCAAGGACCAGAAACCUCUCAGGCAAGCGCUAAAACGUUUCCAGAUAAUCAAAAGUUACCAUUCCAUCUAUUGCCGAUCGAAGAAAGCGAAAUCCCAAGUGACCGAAAUAAGUCAUAUGUCGAAACUGUUGCCGAGAAGCCCGUGAUUAAAUCGACUUAUAGCUAUAGAAGGAAGUAUCACACAUAUCCCAAGUCGAGAAUUCCAGUUCCGAAGUACUCGAAGGAGCGACGAUUCGACAAUUACCCCGCAGACCCGAGAAUGUUCCCGUUGGAACCGAGAGAAAUCGACCUGGAGUCUUUUCAGCAAUUGCACACAGCAGACAGCCAGGAGGAGUUACAAGAGUUCCUACUGCUCGAAAGCCAAUGCAGCGGAAAUCUCGGCUUGGCCGGCAAUAUGUCCGAGACAUCUUACGACGAGCGCCAUAUCGAAGACGAGAGGGGUUCGAUGUCAGAUUACUGACAUCAGGUUUGCGCGAGCGACCUUCACACCGGAUGCAGUAUUAGGUAAGAGAAUUUCAUAUUGUCUGAUUUGUUUUCGUGU